AUGAGUGGUUUUGGUAAAUACUCUUUUUUAAAUAGUAUUAGGAAGGAAGAAUUCAAAACUAGAUUUUCCUUAUAUACAAUUAAAUAUAAUUACUAGAAGGUAAAGGCUGAGUUCAACAAAGUGCUUUAUACUGAAUCUAAACAAAGAACAAGGGCUUUUUUAAUUAUUUAUUAAUAAGAAUGGAAUUGA